ACUCGACCGCCUCCAAUUCCCCGUGGUGCUGCACCAGCGCCCCCCCGUGGCCACGGCUGGGUAGGGAGGCACGCGGUGGAGGUUCCUGAUGUGGCGUGAGGCUGGUGGGUGUCAUUGCCUUCGUGUGACAGACGGUGCACCGCGCCACGCCGAACAAUACACCACAUGUCGCCAUCAUUUCCUUCCUUCUGCCAGUCUCCGCAGCUGUUGCACGGUCGACACGUGACCUACCAAGGACCGCGCUUACAGUCCCAUCAAAUGAGGUGAAAUAUUUUUAAUAAAAAUCACAGUAAUGCUCAACACCACAUUUCCGUAAUCACCGGACCCGCGCGGGGUAGCGCCCCCUACCGGCCAGGGUCGCGUUCUCCCCGGCGCAGGUGACCAGGAAAGGCCGAGGGCUGCACAGGCCGCGUCUGCGGGCCUCGUCUCCAUAGACCCCCGGGGGUCUCCUCGUUCGACUCCUGCAACCUGAGUUCGACCCCAACUCCCGUGUCUCCCUCCCUCUCCACGGCUCCUGUCACCUGAGUUCGACCCCGGCUCCCAUGGCUCUGCUCCGCCGGGCGGGCUGUUGGACCUGCGGCCUUCUGACGAGCGGUGUCGGCCCGGGAUUCGCAUGGCCAGUGAGGAGGGCUGCUCCUGCCCUGGGCCAAUGGGCCCCGUUCGCGUCGCAAGCGGCGACCUCCCGCUACAGGACACGCGAGACCUCGCGGGCCCAGGGUUCAGCAGGAGCGGCGGGCGGCACUCGACAACGCCCAGAGGGUGGAGGUGGAGAGGGGAGGCUCACGGCAGCGGAACUCCUGGAGAGGAUGAGGUCUCGGGGAGAUGCAAAGCCAGCUCGUGGCAGCCGGAGUCGCACCAAGCAUCAGGCUGCAGUCCCCGAUGAUCCCGUGAAGAGGCAGGCGCAGCACCUGAAGAAGCAGACGACCUUACUGCAGCACGUACAUCCCACGGUGCUGGCAAAAGCACUGCUCAAGAAUGUGAUCCACCAGCAGCGGGAGCUGAUCGUUGUCAACAAACCGUAUGGCAUCCCCGUGCACGGAGGUCCCGGGGUCGGCCGCAACAAUGUGGCAGCCGUGCUACCCGUGCUGGAGCAGUUGUUAGAUGGUCACCCCUCUCGCCGUCGCCACCGCAAAAACACCACGGCCGGCGACGACGCCACCGCAUCAAAACUCCACCUGUGCCACCGGCUGGACCGCGACACGACGGGAGCGCUGGUGUUGGCCCGGAACGCCGAGGCAGCUGACGCCGUGGCCUCGUUGCUCAGGGAGCGGCGCGCCGAGCGCACUUACUGGGCCGUAACGGUGGGGGUGCCGCAGCCCGCCCGGGGCGUCGUAGACCUGCCCGUGGGCGAGCGCAAGCACGAGGGGCCCGACGGUGUCACCUACCGCAUGGCCGUCAUGCCGAGGUUCCACUACGUCGAUGCCAGCAAUGCCCUCGUGAAAAGGCGACUGCCACGGGGAGCCCGGACGGCCGUGACGCAGUACCGCGUGUUGGCGGAGGGCGCGGAAGGCCGCAGUGCGCUGGUGGAGCUGAGGCCUCUCACGGGACACAAGCACCAGCUACGCGUGCACCUGGCGCUCGGGCUCGGCACCCCAGCGCUAGGAGACCACAAGUACUCGCCAAGGCGCCAAGGCCAGGGACUCGUGCCGCAGCGGCUGUCGCCAGCACUUCUGCGCAAGCUCGGACUCGCGAGAAGUGGGCAGGAGCGGCCGGCGGCAGGAGCCGCGCGCCGCGUGCCCCUGCACCUCCACGCAUGCCGCCUGGUGCUGCCGGGCCUGGGCCAUGGCAGAGACCCCCUUGUGGUUCAGUGCCGCCCCCCGAAGCUCUUCAUGCAGAGCCUCAAGAAGCUGGGCAUCCAGCUCCCUGAGGCGGAGGAACAGGAGGAGACCUCCCAGUAGGGCCCCCCCCACAGUGUCCUCAGCAUAAGUGGACAUGUGCUAUCAGUUGUGGGACGCGUGGAGUUUUCGACCUUUGGGCCUGCGCUCGGCCACCGUGACUAAAACAUCGUACUGCCUGCAUGGUCAAGUUGUGAACUCUUGCCAGGUGGUCGGGUGACUUGGAGGCCAGGGCGUGGCAUCGGUAGUAGGGUGCAGAAUGUUACAUUCUACCCAGUUGUCUGGUGUAAUGAGGAUGAGUCCCCCACAAGACCCAGUCAGCACAGUUAAACAUAAUCAUUAAAUGGUUGCGGUGGCCGGAUGGCUCAGAGGUCAGCACUGAGCCAGCAACCCCAAGAACCUGGGUUCAAAUCCAAGAUUUCAGCCACCUAGAAUUAAACUGAUUUCUCAGCUGUAGCAAGUUGAUAAUCUCAGCCCCAUUAACCAAUGAUUUACACAGUCCCAUUUGCAAAAAAAUAUUGGCUGAAUUCCUGCUAUGGAAAUUGUAAAAUAAAUCUGCCAUGCAACAAUCAUUUCCCAGGAGCAGUGUGUAAGAAAAGGGUGCCUCCUCGUGUGUGUGGAUACAAGGUUCUUAAAGGGAUCUUGGAAGUAUGCCGAGCAAAUUUUUUAAAGUCAUUCUCUUGAACUGGGUGAUGCACUGCUCACUGUGAAAAUUCCAAGUGGAUACUCCACCCCAUAACAUGCUGCCCAUAGCACAUUUGGAAUUAUAUUGCGAAGUAUAGACUUGUGCGUUCUGUUCAUGGUGUCGUCGUGUGUUUACUAUGCAAAAAAUACAACUUUAUACUUGAAGCUCGUGAAUGGCUGUGUUUGGAGUUGUUUGAUGGAGUCUGUGGGAACUGAAGUUGAUUCAGAUCCCUCCACGAUUGCCCUUUUAAUAGUUUGGAAAAAUUAAUACAUUCAUGUGGCUGCAAAAGGCCCAUUGCCCGAAACGUCACCUGAUACUUUCCUUUUAAGGCCACACUGUUAUUGACAAAUGUGUUUGAGUUUUCUUUUGGUUGGAACUAUGGCACCGCGUGUAGUGACGAUGAGUCGUCAGCCAUGAUCUGUCCAGUGCUGGAUGAAGAUUAUUCGUCGGCGUGUAAAGGCUCUGCAAUUAAAUAGCGUUUUCCACA